AUGUCUGCGACGACGACGCUCUUCGAGGGCGAUCUCCACUUCGCCCUUGCUCCAGACCUCGAGGCUCCAGAGUCGUGCGUCUACGCCGUGCAGGUUGGGGACCCCCGCCUUAUCUCCAUUAUUCGGCCUCGGACCACAAAUCUUCGCUCCGUCAUUGAUCCGCGAAGCAUUGAGUUGACUGAGAAUCCCAUCGUCCUAGAGUUUCUCACAAAUAAGGAACGAGAACCCUACACUGUUCGUGGGAAACAAGCUGCGCUAACAGGCGAUAUGAUACAAGCCCCAGCUUUCGGGCUCGAAACCACAAAGCAACACGUCCUUUCUUUCGUUUUGACAGAUUGUACGACAAAUAUCCGAUUCAAUGUCAUCUCCAGGCCUGAAAGCACCCUCCGCGGACUGUGCCUCAGUGUACCAAACAACUUCCUUGACAGUCUUCGGGCACAAGAACGACAAGAGUCCGGUUCACUCCACAUCUUAUCGGGCAACGCGGUAUGGUUGAUGCGCUUACUCAAGGCGAGUUGUGAAAGCGAUGGGCGUAGAGAUAAACCUGACGAGGAUGUUCUCACGUCGGAUAGAGGUGCACUCUCUCAAAUGCUCUUCACAAGUCUCCAGACCACUAGGAAUGUAAUCUCAACAACUAAGAGUUGGACGCAAUCGGACAAUGUUGACAACGAAGAGAGUAAAAGCUCUUCUACGAAAAAGGAUGAGGAAAGCGUGCUUAGCAUAGACGAAUCCAAAGAAGCUAGCGAUGAUGAUGUUGAUGACACAGAGAACAGAAAGGAGCAGAGGCAGCAACGUCAACGCGAAAAAAAGCGCGGGGCCCUUCAGGGAAAUGACGAAGAAAGCGACAACAGCGACCCUCUAGAUGGUGAUGGCGUCUCGGCAUCCUCCAGGCAGACCACGCGGCCAACUUAUGAGGGGUAUCCCAGUCGACAGCGGUUAUAA